AUGUUGCUGGUGGGAUCUUUCCGGAGCUCGAAAAUUCCCCGACUACUACAGCAGCGACUAGCACAGUCAUUUUCCAUUCUAGCCAUGGGUAAACGUGACAAGAAGAAGUUUGGUAAAGGUGGUGGUGGCGGUGGACGCUCUGAGCGUCAAAACUGGCAGGACAUCCCGAAGACGAACGAGCGAUUCGAGAACUACUACAAUGCGCAAGGCUUCAUUCCUGAGGAGGAGCGCGAAAUCUUCUGGGAGACGCUGCGGAGGGAGCUUCCCAACAGUUUCCGCUUCACAGGAUCCAAAGGCCAUGCGCUUUUCGUACAGGAACGACUAAAGAACCACUAUAUCCCCGAAAUUACUGCCGUGCAGUAUGAGGGAAAUAAUGUCGAGCCCCCGCGUCCGGUGGAGUGGUACCCUGAUCGUCUCGCAUGGUCGAUGACGACCCCCAAGCAGGUGAUCCGCCGCUUUGCACCUUUCGCUUCAUUCCAGAAGUUCCUCGUUGCCGAGACGGAUGUGGGAAAUAUCAGCCGACAAGAGGUCGUCAGCAUGAUUCCUCCGCUCCUGAUGGACCUGCGACCAGGAAUGACGGUUCUGGACAUGUGCGCUGCCCCCGGAAGCAAGUCCGCGCAGUUGAUGGAGAUGAUUCACGCCGGUGAAGAGGAGGCAAUGCUUGAGGUUGCCAAGAAGGCGAAGGAAGGAACGAUCGGUCCGGAGCCGGCUGGGCCAGAAGGCCUGAAUGACGACGGGCGGACGACUGGUCUGCUCAUCGCCAAUGACAGCGACCACAAGCGCGCACACAUGUUGAUCCAUCAGAUGAAGCGUCUCAGCUCCCCGAACCUUAUCGUCACGAAUCACGAUGCCACGAUGUACCCGUCCAUCAGACUGCCGUCUAGGCCGAGUGAGGACGGCAAGCCGACCCCGAACAGGUAUCUUAAGUUCGACCGCAUCCUCGCGGACGUGCCGUGCACUGGUGACGGAACGGCGAGAAAGAAUUAUGGUGUCUGGAGAGACUGGACACCUCAGAAUGGUAACGGGCUGCACAUGACACAGGUCCGGAUCCUUGUCCGCGCCCUGCAAAUGCUGAAAGUUGGCGGUCGUGUGGUGUACUCUACAUGUAGUAUGAACCCGAUAGAAAACGAGGCUGUUGUCGCUAGUGCGAUUGAGCGUUGUGGUGGUUUGGAAAAAGUCAAGAUCAUCGAUUGCAGCAAUGAAUUGCCUGGAUUGAAGCGAGUUAACGGUUUACGAUCAUGGAAAGUGGCUGAUAGAGAAAACCGUUUCUGGAGCAGCUGGCAGGAGGUAGAGGAGCACAGGGCCCAGUCGGGCAUUGCUGGCCUCGGUCGGCUCUCCGAGGGCAUGUUCCCCCCUAUAACUGACAUGCCACUUGAACGAUGCAUGCGCAUAUACCCUCAUCUGCAGGACACUGGUGGUUUCUUCAUCACGGUUCUAGAGAAGCAGUCUGAGAUCCGUGCUAAGCCUGAGAAUCCAUCAAAGGCGAUCCCCAAGGGCACUGUGGCUGCUCUGGCCGAGGAGCUUGAUUCGAAGCAGAAGAAUGGAACCGGCGAGCCUCUGGAGAAAAUCGAGGCGCUAGAUGAUCUGGUACCUCAUGACGAACAGGCCGACUUGGAGAAAGAUAAGAAUGCUUCUGUGGCCGAGACCACACACCAGCCUCCUUAUUCUGUUACUAGUCAGGUCCCUUCAGCGAAGAGGGAAGCGGAUGGCGUGGAUGGUGAACUUCCCUUCAAGCGCACUAAGCUCGAUAGCGGAGCCGAAGUCGUGAUUGGAGACCGUCCUAUUCAUCAACCUCCAGCUGCCGAGGAGCCUGAUGUCGCCACGUCCGAUGUCACUUCUACUCCUGUCCCUACAGACACACCCCAGGCGUCAGCACCCGAGACUCAGCCCAAGCCCGUCAAGCGAAAGCCCGGCCAACCCAUUGAGGAGCCUUUCAGAUACUUGGACCCUAACCACGAAGAGCUCAAGCCGAUCUUCGACUUCUUCGAGAUCUCAGAUCGCUUCCCCCGCGAUCGGUUCAUGGUCCGUAAUGCGGAGGCGACCAUGUCACGAACUGUUUACUACACCAGCGCUCUCGCACGCGAUAUCCUAGUCGCCAACCAGGGCCAUGGUCUUAAGUUUGUCCACUGCGGUGUCAAGAUGUUCGUCAAGCAAGAUGCACAGCGUCUUGACGUUUGCCGAUGGCGUAUUCAGACCGAUGGUCUACGGCUGGUCGAGCCAUGGCUGGGCCCUGCUCGUGCCGUCACCCUGACCCAGAAGGAGACUUUCCGAAAGCUCCUGGUGGAGAUGUUCCCCAAGGUCGACGACGGCGGCUGGCAGAAUCUUGGCGAGAUCGGCGAGCGCGUAAGAGACAUCCCGAUGGGCUGCAGUAUUAUCUACAUCACUCCCGAAGGAGACGACAAAUUCAGCGAACGAAUGGUCCUUCCUCUCUGGCGAUCCCUGCACUCGGUCAACCUUAUGCUUCCCAAGGAAGACCGCCGGGCCCUGCUUCUUCGUAUCUUCAACGACACUACGCCAGUGCUGAACACAACACAGAAACGCACCCAGACUGCAGCACAGUCCUCGGCAGCGGACGCCGUCGCUACGGAGGAAGAGGCUCUCAAAGAGGAGAACCUGAUUCUCGGCCAAGACGAGCAGGAGCAGAUGGAUACGCGGGAAACGUACACGAAGGCGAACGAGGAAGAGGAUCGCGCCAACACGACCUGGAAGAAUGGAGCCACCAACACAAUAUUAUUGGCGGUCGUUCCUGCCAGUGUACCGAAUGUAAACGUCGAAAGAUCGUGGCUUUUCCCUUUUGUUGCUCUGUACUAUCACCUUCCUGGAGUCACUCUCGAAGUCACUACGGAGUCUCUACAAGUCAUUACGAAGUCACUCAGGACAGGCCAAGGUCGCCUUUUCCCUCGUCUCGAGCGUCGAUCUAACCCUGGAGGGAUCGGAGAUGAGCUCCGACUUACUAGAGAAUGGGCCGUAUGA